AUAUUUCUUUGUUCUUUGAAUUCACUUGACUGAAUUCUGUAGUAACAAAUGGAAAGCUUAACGUUUCAAGUUGAAGAAGAAGGCUCAGCAAUUGCAGUUCUUGGCUCACUCUUCAAGCUUACUCAAGUUCAUCUUUCAGAUUAUUCUCAAGAAGGGCAGCUUUUAUUGGAAUCUACAAACAGUGAUAUCUACAAAAAUAAUGCACCCCCAUUAAAUGGCAAGUGCUCCGUUGUAUUAUUAUCGAAUUUUAAUAGGCAGUUUUCUUUUGUCUUGGCAGACUUUGGCUCUUUACCGGAAGAUUUGGAGCUUGCCAGACAAAUGAAUGAAAUGGGCCUUCCUGUUUCAUUCCACACUAACAAGGAGCACAGGAGAAAUCGAACAGGUAAGGGAAAAAUAAAGGAUGGAAAGAAGAAGAAUCUUUGGUCGUGCGAGAAUACUCAGGAUGAAGUGCUAAAUGCAAUACAAGAGCAGAAGGAGGAAUGUGAGUCUAAUGUUACUCUGCAUGGCGACUCAAACCAUGCUUCUUCCUGCAUGUCAAUUCUUGGACAAAGUGAAUUCUCUUCCUGCUAUGCUGGGGAUGGUGAUGUCCAUUGUCUUAGUGGUGGAGAGGAAGGUUUGAACAAUCAGCAACCAGAUCUUAGUCUGGCUAAUACAAAGGAUACUGUCUCUACGUGUGAAAAAGUUCAAUCGGCAAAAGAUGUCGGAGUAAUGGUUGGCUCAAGUUUGGAAUGUGGAAACCAUGCAGAAAUCUGUCCAAUAAAUAGCUGUGUCGAAAGUGGAUGGAUCAGUGGAGAGGGAUUAAAUGGUCAUUGUGAGGGAAAUCCCUUAAAGGGAGAGCAGAUGGAGUGUGCCUGUAUGGGUGCUCCUUUAACUGGGGAGCAAAUAGAGUCUACUGCUAUGCAAACGGAUGAACAUGGCACAGAAGAUGGGCUGCUCUGCAAUGAUGAUGGUGAAGUGUUAAAUAGUCAUAAUACAACUAAUAAUGGUUGUGACGGAACUAUUGAUGAUUGGAGGUUGUAUUGGGACAAUGAUUACGGAAGAAACUACUUUUAUAACAUUGUGACUUUGCAAUGUACAUGGGAUCCACCUCCAGGAAUGGACGACCUAGUGUUUACUAAUUUUACUACCAAACAACCAGAAAUGACACUUGAGAUGGUGGAGUUUGAUGUUGCAGAUUUAAAAGAAUCUAAUGAUCUGCAAACUUCUGCAAGUAUACAGUCUGACCUUGACAUUGCAGAUGGAAUUAAGGAGGAUGAUGUACUGUUGGACAGAGAGCUCAAUGAAUCAGAGGGAACAGGACAAUCUGCUGACAAAUUGUGUACUUUUAACUCUACAAAACAGAAGACGAGAGUCAGAAAAACGAAACCCAAAUGGAAGACACCAACUGAAGCUCAAGAGCUGGAAUUCUGCAAUAUUAAUGAAGAAAUAUCUCCCAGUUUGAACAAAUAUUGGUGUCAAAGGUAUCUACUAUUUAACAAAUAUGAUGAAGGAAUAAAGAUGGACGAAGAAGGAUGGUUCUCAGUUACGCCAGAGGCCAUCGCCAAGCAUCAUGCACUUCGCUGUGGUUCUGGUACUAUAGUGGAUUUAUUUACUGGAGUAGGUGGGAAUUCAAUUCAAUUUGCUAAGAGGAGUAAGCAUGUCAUUGCGAUCGAUAUUGAUCCAAAAAGAAUAGACUUAGCUCAAUAUAAUUCUGCCAUCUAUGGAGUUCGCGACCAGAUAGACUUCAUUAGAGGCGAUUCUUUUGCUUUGGCUCCAAAUCUGAAGGCAGAUGUAGUCUUUAUGUCACCACCUUGGGGUGGACCAGACUAUUUGAAGGAAAGAACAUUUGACAUGAAAACCAUGCUUAGGCCACAUGAUGGGAACUUCCUCUUCAGCAUUGGCAGGGGAAUUGCCUCCAAAGUUGUUAUGUUCCUUCCAAGAAAUGUCGAUAUCAAUCAGUUGGCAGAAUUGUCACAGUCCGCAAAUCCACCAUGGUCAUUAGAGGUGGAGAAGAAUUACUUAAAUGGCAAGUUCAAGGCCGUUACAGCAUACUUCUGUAAACCCUCGUGAUAAGCUGUGGUCAAAUGAAUCUGGUAAUCUCUUUAGCCAAGUGGAAUUAUGGAUACCUUCUUAAAUGGCAAGUUAGAGGCUGUUACAGCUUACUUCUGUGGACCCUCCUGAUAACCGGUGCUCGGAUGAAUCUAGUAAUUUCUUUUGCCAAGUGGAAUUAUGUUAUACCUCUCUCCGGAGCACAUGGGGUUUGUCUUUGCUUUGGCCUUCUUCUGUAUAGUGAAGUAUGUAUGCUCAUAUAUACUUAAUAUGAUGUGGAAUUGGCAGUGAUUGUUGUCAGACAGCUGUUUCUAAUGGCGUAUGUAUUAACAGGAAGGGUUAGUAGAGCUCUACUGGUUGUUAGUAGUGCAAUGGAAUUUCGGCGAGUGAAGUACUUUUGCUGUGAAUGACGGAGUGGUGUACGAGUCUUAUCUGGCUAGUUCUACCGUGUACAUGUAACGAUCCCUUCUCUCAGGGUUAUCAUGUGUGGCAAUUCCACAGCAUCCAAGGGUGUGGUCUACCUAUCUAUGAAGUUGGUGAAAACCAUUGGAGAGCAGGGUUAAUACCAAUAGAGCCAAAAGCGCUAGGUGAUUUCUUUCUCAUCCUCCCGAGGUUUGAUGGGCAGAGUUAGUAGAUACUUGUGUGAUGGGAGGUAGCAAGUACACAGUGGAACAAUCGAAGUGUACACAAGUGGCCCGAACACCACCGUUAUUGAUUAUAGGAACAAAGCUUGUGGAAAUUCCAUAAACCAUUUGCCGCUUAUGCUUCUACGACGAAUUGCGAAAAGUAUGUCGGAAAUUGACCGACAAUUAGACUUGGAAGGUAGAAAAAUGAUUCAACUUGGUGCCCUGGUGUACGACUCUGCGCUUUUAGAUGUGAUAAUUUUGGAUGAAAUGAUGGGGAGAUGCCAUUUUGAUUGGACUAUGUAGAAAUUAUUAUACUUGCAUCUUGUAAUUUUACUACUAGUAAUAUGUUAUCGUAAUAUGUUUAACCAUGACAGGUAGAAAUUGAUAUUUUGUAACGUUCAAACUCGUGGCAUAGCAUUAUUAGGGAGUUAUUAGUGGCUAUUCAAAUUCUCCUCU